AUGGGCAAUCAGUCUAAUGUGAAGGAAUUUAUCAUCCUGGGUUUCUCCAGCAUUCCGGAAUACCAGAGCUUUUUGUUUGUCAUUUUCCUGGUAAUGUAUAUCACAACCCUUAUUGUGAAUAUAUCACUCAUCACCAUAAUACGGUUUGUUCGUAACCUUCACAAACCCAUGUAUUUCUUUCUUGGUAAUUUAUCCUUCUUAGAGCUGGGUUACAUUUCAGUAACUGUUCCCAAGAUCUUAGUGGACAUCCCAAGGAAGAGAAAGAGCAUUUCCUUCUCUGGCUGCAUUACCCAGCUCUUCUUUUUCACAUUCCUUGGUGCCACAGAGACAAUCCUUCUUGCAGUAAUGUCCUUUGAUCGCUUUCUGGCAGUAUGCUUCCCUCUGCAUUACACAAGCAUCAUGAGUCAUAAGUUCUGUUUUAUUCUAGCUGCUGCAUCCUGGGUCUUAGGGUUCUUGACUACUUCAUUUCCAAUUAUUAAACUUUCACAGUUGCAUUUUUGCAAUGCCAAUAUUAUUAACCAUUUCUUUUGUGAAUCGGCCCCAUUGCUAAAGCUUUCCUGCUCUGAUCCUUACUUCAAAGAACUAACUAUCAUUAUUUGUGCUUCUUCAGUCAUUCUAAGCUCAGUUAUAUUAACUAUGAUGUCUUAUGCAUAUAUCCUUAGAACUAUUUUGAAAAUCCCAUCUGACACAGGAAAGCAGAAAGCUGCUUCUACCUGCGCGUCACAUCUUUUAGUGGUUACCACUUUCUACUCAACAAUGUUUGCAAUGUAUAUUAAACCUACUGCUAGUGAAGGAUCCUUAAACAAGGUGAUGGCACUGUUCUAUGCUGUCUUCACCCCACUGGCCAACCCAUUUAUCUACAGCCUACGUAACAAGGAAGUUAAACAAGCCCUUUUACUCUUAUUAAAAAGAAUAAGGUUCUAA